UUAAAUGCAUUUUACAAUAUUGCAUCCCCAUAAUAUAACGAGAUGAGAUGAUAUUUCCCACGCGUAGGGAACACUAUAUGAUAUGGCAGAGAAUACAGCAUUGGAGAGUUUUUACCAUGACAGCUGAAGGUUAUAUAUUGUGUGCGUAAAGGCGCGUAAAGGCUUGAAGCGCACUGUAUUGUCAAAAAAAUGACAGCUAAAACUAUUGACAAAGUUUGGGUACCCACCAGUAGUUUUAUACAAGACAUUCAAGAGGUAAUCUAUUCAAUGGAAGAGGAAAUAUCCGCAUCAUUGCCAGAGACGGGAACUGGGUUAAAAGUUGAGUCAUAUUGGAAACAGCACGACCAAUUGGGUGAAACCAAGGGGGGUGAUUGUUUUAGUGAAGAAAGGGGCACCCUCGAGUUUAUUUACCAGGGCAACUUUACGCAGCCACCGCGCACUCAGGCUGUGGCAUACACCGGGAAGGUCUCGAUCAAUUCUAGAGGUGUAGAAUACUGGAAUCCCGGGGGUGCCAUUAACGUAGCUAGUGCUGACAUAAGGGUGGCAGCUUCGUCCCCGGUGUCUAUCUCGCCCUCGCCUGAACCACCAAACCUUUACGCAGGAACUGUGAGCUGCACCAUGGCGCAGAGUCAACACGAUAUAAACCACAUGUAUGCUACGCCGUCUUACUCUUGUACCGGGGAAAUGUACCAGGAUCAAUCAACCUACCUGGCAACGUCGACCUGCCCCAUGUCUUAUCCACAGCCGUCGUACUCAUCCUAUACAUCACCAAAGUCGACAGUGGACAGCGCACUCUUAAACAUCAUGCCUGACUACAGCGGGUUCUUCCAGCCAAACUGCCAACGAGACAUCCAGGCAUUUCCUGACAGGAAAGCGUUACCAUAUUCACUGGACUCUCUGAGGGUUCCACCACCUCUGACACCUCUGAACACAAUAAGGAAUUUUACGCUUGGGGGACCUGCGAUAGAGGGCCCUUGUCCACCAAAUCCCUACAACACUUCGAACUUACCCCUGAGGCCAAUAUUGAGACCGAGAAAGUAUCCAAACCUCCCAAGCAAAACGCCUGUCCAUGAGCGACCAUACCCUUGCCCAGCAGAGAGCUGCGAUAGGAGGUUCUCGCGGUCGGACGAGCUGAGCAGACACGUUAGGAUCCACACAGGGCACAAACCCUUCCAGUGUCGGAUCUGCAUGCGCAGUUUCAGUCGCAGCGACCACCUCACUACGCACAUCCGGACACACACUGGAGAAAAACCCUUCUCCUGCGACCACUGUGGAAGAAAGUUUGCCAGGAGUGAUGAAAGAAGGAGACACACGAAAAUCCACUUAAGACAGAAAGAGAAAAAGUCAUCAUAAUGACCCAGGCAGAAUGGUUUUAAACAUUCAGAUAAAUUAUGUUUCCCUGCAGCACCAAUUAAUUAAAUAAUAUCCAAAUCAAACAUUCACACUGAAUUUAGCAGACUAGGGUUAAUUAAGGUUGACUAAUGCAUUUUGAUAUAUGGUGCUGAAUGAAUAACAACAUAAACGGACAGAGCUAUCACAUUUACAUUAGGUAUAGAAUACAUUUUUUCAUAACUUAACUGUAAAUGUGCACAAACACAAGUGCUCAGUAUAGAAAGUGUUUCAAUAGAGUAGGUGGGGAAAUAGUCAGAGAUGCUGAAUAGCCAGCAAGGAGCAAGACUCAGCUCCAACACUGAGUGGUAUCAGCCAGCAAGUAGCCUCACUUUUGCCAGUGUUGAGAGACUUCCCACAAGAGAUGAGUGAUGAGAUGAGUGAAUACCAUGAUGGGUAUUCCUGCAUUAUAGCUGGUAAAGGAGUGCCAUGACCAAUAUCACAGAGCUGAGUGGUCUGGCCAGGGGCAUGUAGUUCCUGUAUAUUAUCCUCACAUCCAGUUUUGAGAGUGGGGGGUUAGAGUCCCAUGUGUGUAAAAACUGGAAGCCCUGUACUGUCAAGAGAGACAAUUAAGAACUGAAUUGCUCAAGUUUUCAUUUAAAAAAAAAUCUCCUAUUACUUGUUGGAUGAAGAUGAAAGUAAAAUCUGUGUAAGAUCAUUACAGGAAGUAACUAAGGAGAAGUACGUUCAUUUGACAUGCGUCAUUUGACAUGUUUUUACACACACAUUGUUCUUUAACUGAUUUGAUGCUUCUUGCAAUAAAUGUAGAAUAUGUUGUCGUAGGUGACAUA